GCCUGCGGGUGGGUCCCUGCGGGUGGGUCCCCGCGCGCCAUGGCGCCCCCUGCGCUACUCUGCGCGCUCUACGGCGGCGUCGUGGCCGUGGCCGUGGGCGCCGGCUACUCGGAGGAGCGCUGCAGCUGGAGGGGCAGGUACAGUCCCACUGGAAGCCCGCGCGGGCUGAUCCCCUGGGGCUGUGCGGGCCCCUGGGGAGGAGGCUGCGGGCUCUGUCGCCUGCCCCUUGGGAUGGGGGCGACCCGAUUCGGCACCGAAACCUUGACCCUUCCCUUCUCGAGUCCUGGAACACUGGGCUUCAGGUCCCCCCGCUUUGUGGACUCAUGCUGGUGGCUGGGGGAGAGGGCUGGCCGGGUCGGGAUGCGGGCCGCCUGUCUCACUGCCGCCCAUCCCGUCCGCAGCGGCCUGACCCAGGAGCCCGGCAGCGUGGGGCAGCGCCCGGCUGGGGCGCUUCGCCUCACCCUGGGCGGCUCCGACCCUGGCGCGCGGCCCGGCAUCGCCUGCCUGCUGCCGGCGCGGCCCUUCGAAGGCGCCCAAGUCUUCGCGGAGCGGGUGGGAGGCGCGCUGGAGCUGCGGCUGGCGGAGGGCUCGGGCCCGGCCGGGAGCAGGUGCGUGCGCUGGGGUCCCCGCGAGCUCCGGGUCCUCUUCCUGCAGGCCACCCCGCAACCCGACAUUAGCCGCGGCGUGGCCUCCUUCCGCUUCCAGCUGCGGGAGGACGGGCGUCCAGAGCUGCCUCCCCAGGCCCACAGUCGUGGCACAGAUGGUGCCUGCAGACCCUGCAGUGACCCCGAGCUCCUCUGCACCAGUGACUUUGCGAUCCAUGGAACCAUCCACAGGGUGGCCCACAACGCAGAGCUGCAGGAGUCCGUUAUCACUGUGGUCGCUGCCCGUGUCCUCCACCAGGCGCUGCCGCUGUUCCGAGUGGGGGGCCCUGGGGGCCGGGCGCAGGCCUCCCUUCGCACCCCGCUGCGCUGCGGCGUCUGUCCUGGUCCUGGCACCUUCCUCUUCAUGGGCUGGAGCCGCUUUGGGGAGGCCUGGCUGGGCUGCACACCCCGCUUCCAGGAAUUCCUCCGUGCCUACGCAGCUGCCCACGCGGCUGCCCAGUCUGGCCGCCUCCAACCCUUCCAGGUGGUGCUGGACUGAAGGGCCUGGAAGCAGGGCACUGGGGAGGGGCCGGUAGGAGGGUGGGGCGUGGUACCAGCCGCUUCCGAGGUAGUAGCCGUGGCCAAUGACAGCACUGACUGCUUAGCCAGCACACGGCCCAGCCCGCCUCACUGCACUUGACUCUCCGCAGUCCUGGGCCUGCUCCUGCCUUGCAGAGCCGGAGGCUGAGGUUCAGGGGCGGUGGUGUCACGUCUAAUACCCCUCAGCCUACACCCUGGUGAGGGGCUGCUUCUGGGCGGGGGGACAUACAGGGACCCCUCCUCACGUGAACCCUGUGGCUCUUCUGCCCCUGCUCCCAAUGCCAGUGGUGGAAAAGGGGCGUGACCUCCCGCUGAGGUGGGUGUGGGCCCUUGCGGGGGCAGGCAGGCAGCACCACGCCCAACCUGAGAGGAAGGGGCCUCUGACUUUCCUGUGCCACCUGCCUCACCCCCCUCACCCCUAGGAGAAGAAUGGGCCCCUCUGCCCCCAGGCCCCUGCCAUGUGCCCAGCAUCCCGACAUCUGUGGGGGUCUCUCCUGCGGGGUCCUGUUUGUUUCCUGCUUCCCGGGGGCAGGGGACACAGUGGGGCCUCCAAGGACCGCCCCCACCUUCCUCCUUCCCCCUCAGCCUCAGACACACAUAGGGCCAGCGAGUUCUGGUCAAGGCUGCCAGCCCCGAGGCUAAAAGGAUCCAGGAUGGCUGUGGAUGCCAGACUACCAAACCCAGCACGAACAGACUCUGCUGACCUGGCCCCACAGCUCCUGGGAAAGGGCCAUGGCGCAAGUCUGGGGGGACGCUAGAGCUGAGUCCCAGAAAUAGCUGAAAUAGCUUCUCAUCUCCACUUGGCAGCCCUCGCUGGGGAAGGAGCAUCUUUCAGGUGGGAUCUGAGACUAAGAGAGGAACAAGUCUGGGCAGGACCCUCCUCCAGUGGGGGCGUUUCCAUGGGAUGGGCUGUCUGCAGAUGCAUUUGCGUGGGGGACCCCUCCUCUCACCUGGACCGGCCACCUGCAGUGGGGGGCUGGUGAGUGUUGUGGGCGGGAGCAGUCACCCUGCAUGGCAGGCUCCCCUGGGUGCCUCCCACCUGCUGUGUUCCUUGUUCUCACCUCUGCAAGCUCGAGCUCGCAACCCUGGAUUGCUCAGGGCUCAGGCACGAGACCUCUCUUCUCCGUGGCCAUUCUGACAUCCCCUCAUCAGAGCUGGGCCAGCCUCCUGGCUCUAAGUACUGCCAAGGUGCCAACGGCCACACAGACUUCUCUCCUGGACUGCAGACCCUUAUACCCCUGCUCCCCAGGGCGCCUUAAUAAAGACCAGAGGAGAAGGUGAGAGUUCUCUCCUGUCCCCCAUCUCCAGAGGUUUGCACUUUCUAGGCAGGCCCCGGGGCCUCCCCUCCAGAGCUGACAAGCACCUCAUUCUUGACUCCUGUCCUGCUUCUCUGGCCAGCUCCCCACAACUUCUUGUGUGGACAGAGGCCCACGGCCACACCCAGCGGUCACCGUGGACUGCCCCUGGGACCACCUGUCCAUGAAAAUAUGGGGCAGCUGGCCUCUCGUCACCUGCCCUUUAAGGAGCAGAAAGAGCAGAGGUGGGUGUGGCCAACAGGACCAGGAGCUUCACGACAGCGACAGCCCCGAAAGCCCCCGGGGGAAGGAUGUAGGCUGGGGCUAUGGGAGCAGGUGCCUGUGGGGUACGUGCUCGUGCCCACUGCCCAGAGGCAAGGGGCAGAGUAUGGAUGUGAAGGUGAGGGCCUUGUGGGUGUGCCCACUGGGGAGUCUGGGUUAUUCAGUCAGCCAGCAUUUACUGAGUUUCUUGGGGUACCGUGUGCUGCUCUAGGCGCCAGGAGUAAUUUGAGGAACAGAAGAGAUAAGAAUGGGAUGCUGUAAGCACUCCCCCGGCCGUAGUAGAGCCCAGUGUCAGCCAGGAAGGAGGCCAAAGGUUCUGAGAUGGGGCAGGGGGCAGCCCUCCUCCUCUCUGGGGCACUGGGUUUUCCUGCCUUUAAUGGCUGGAGGCAGCUGGGGCCAAGUGCCGGCAGGCAUGUGCAGCAGCCCGCUCUUGGGGGUGGGAGCACUAAUCUGCGGGCCCACAUUGUCUGAAGUGGCCUCUGUCCCCUCUGGCACUCCUGAAGAUGCCUGAGGAGCCAGGCAAGGGCCUCUGUGCAAUCAAGUCUCUGCCAGUCAAGGCUGUUUGGCCUCAGGAUGGAGGAGGUCCUGCCUCUGUCCCCCCACUUGCCUCCCCCAUUCCCAGGCUUUGCCAGGUCACCUCCAGGAACUCCAUCUUGUGAUGUCUUUAUCUAGAAAGUGGUCUCUCCAGCUCGUGGGGCUUUUCCUCCCAUCCCCAUGGCUGGGCCAGCUGCCAGAGGGCCCCUCACAUCCGGCUCCUCUCCCAUCUCAGAGAGUCAACAUCUGUCUUCUCGGUUCUGCUAAAUACCUCCUGCUCGACUCCCACCGCCCCCGCAGACCCCAGCGCAGCUUGCGUUUCCUGCUAAACGCCCUUAGCCGUGGGAGGGUCCUGGUGGCCUCCCCGGCAACUGUUCCUGGGCUUGGCUGGCUGGCUGGCUAUCACCCCGGAGAGUCCUUCAUCCCCUGGCUGACCGCCGCCGGUGGGCUCCAGCCUCAUCGCACGUGCGUCCACUGCCAAGCAGCGGGAUCCGCAGCCCCGCUUCCCUCGGGCGUCUCCCCGCGGUGGGAUGUGCGACCCAGGGGUCCACGGCGCCCAGGACAGGCCCGCAGCAACCGUCUGCGCAGUGGGCCAACGCGGCUCAGUGCCGCGGACUACGGGCAGCCCGCCUUGCCGUCCGAACCCGCGAGGGCCGACCCUGACCCCAGGGAUCCGCGGCCCGGAACCUGCAAGACCGGGUCUCGACCUGAGCGGAGCAGAACGCGAACGGACCGCGGCGCAGGCUCCGCAGGCCGCUUCCGGCGUCUGGCCACGAAGCCGCCCCGCCUCUUCCGGCGUCGGAGCCCUGGCCGAUGGGCGCCGGGUUGCGAGAAGGGGCGCGGUACUGGUCGGGGGCCGCAGGGAGGGCGGGCCCUUCCAGCUCUGGGCCUGAGGGUCUCGGACCUGAGUGGAGGAGGGCCCUUUGGGCGGGUCUACCCCGAGCCGCCCUCGCGCAGCUAUGGAGGAGGACCACCCGGCCGAGGCGCUGACCGAGCUGCGCGAGCGGCAGCCGAGUGCGUUGGAGCUGCUACAGGUGGCUGCGGGCUCGGGCCUGGCCGCCUACGCGGUUUGGGCGCUGCUACUGCAGCCGGGUUUCCGCCGUGUGCCGCUGCGGCUGCAGGUGCCCUAUGUCGGCGCGAGUGCCAGGCAGGUGGAGCAUGUAUUGUCGUUGCUGCGAGGCCGUUCUGGAAAGAUGGUGGACCUGGGCUCUGGCGAUGGCAGGAUUGUGCUGGCUGCCCACAAGUGUGGUCUCUGCCCAGCUCUGGGCUAUGAGUUGAACCCGUGGCUGGUGAGGCUGGCGUGGCUGCAUGCCUGGAGAGCAGGCUGUGCGAGUAGUGUCUCCUACCGCCGUGAAAACCUCUGGAAGGUAACCCAGGGAGUCCUGGACCCCCCACAUCUCACCCCUGAUUGCCAUGCUCCCAGUUCUGGCUUGGCCACCCUGCCGACAGCGCCAAGUGCCUCUGCCACCUGGGCAGGCUGGAGGGAGUUGGGACUUGGAAGCUGCAGUGACCCUUUGCGCACUAGAGCUCUUUCCCUGCUGGGGUUCCAUUCCCUGCUGCGGUGACUUCCUCUUCCUGCAGGUGAGCCUGAGGGACUGCUACAACGUGUCUGUGUUCCUGGCUCCUAGCGUGCUCCCACUGCUGGAGGACAAGCUGCAGGCAGAGUUGCCUGUGGGAGCCCGAGUCGUGUCCGGGCGCUUCCCCCUCCCCACCUGGCAACCUGUGGCGGUGGUGGGUGAGGGUCUGGACCGCGUCUGGGCCUAUGACGUCCACAGGGGCGGGCCAGCCGGGCCGGCCGUCCCAGGACCCAGUUCCGCCUCCGUACCUGGAGCCCCCAGUUCUCAGGCUGACUGACCGGACACAAUAAAGACGCAGUGGGCUCCACCCGGAUUCUUGUUGGGGGAGGGCCAGGCGGAUGGUCUUGCAAAGAGAAGCUGCAAGGAGGCUCCGUGCUGGCUGUGGAGAGUUCUGCUCCAAGUUUGUCUGAUGACCAGCUAGCGGCUGUCACAUGGGGCCAUCCCACCCAGAUGCCCAUCUCAGGGAGGGGCCCACCUGUGCGCAGCCAGCAGCUCCUCAUGCCUCUGGCUCAGAUCUGCCAGGCGCUUGCGGUAGGUGCGAGCAGCCCGGGCCAGCUGUUGCUCACGACUGUGGUGUGCCACCCGAAUGUCCUCCAGAGUGGUCUCCAGGAAUGUCCGAAGGGCUGUGACUGCCGGCGUUGGGCCUGCACCAUCUGCACACUCCUGGCAGGGACAGGAUGGGCGGGGCUGGGAAGCUCGAGCUCCAGCACUCGGCUCUCUAGCCGCAGGACCUGUAGGGUGGUCAGGAGCCUGGUCACCCGGGGCAUGUCAUCACCCAUCUGGGCAUCUACAGGGACGCACAGCACAUACAAGACACGCGGGGACUCCCACUGCAUGAGUGUGCACACCCACAUGGCCACACCUCCCGUCACACUGCUGGUCCUAGGUAUGCACCCUGCCCCAUGCCCUCGGGCUGGCACAGGUGGGCAUGUGGCGGUGCCCACCUCACUCCUCAGCUCGAAGAUUUCAGCCUCAUGCUGCUCCUGCAGGUGAUGGGUUCUGAUCUGCAGGUUCACCAGCUCCUUGCAGACCUGUGGGUGACCAGGAUGAGAGGGGGUGCCUAUGGGUGCCCUCCUUCCUGCCAGCACCCCAGGGCCCCCACAUCCACCUGCAGCCGUUGCUCCUCACUCAGCUCUGGAUCUGAGGGAAGUCCGGUCUCAAGGUUGGUGGCCCAGGUUGGGGUACCCCCAGGGACUCCUGGCAGCCAUUCCUCAGCCCUUGGCAGAACCUAGGGAGGCACCACCACCCAUCCGGCCACUGCAUCUCAGCUCUGGGCUGUGGCCUCCACUACCUUGAAGCCACUAGCCAUCCCCCCCCCAACAGCCUGGCAGCGCUGUGGCAGGCCCUCCCAUGGCCAGGCUCAGGUCCAGGCUGUGAGGACCUACACCCCUCCUGGCCUUAGGGGACAAGGGGAACCGCUGGCCCCAGAAGAAGCAGCGACCUCAGAGGACUCACAUUCUUAAUGGCUUGAGGUGGGGCCUCUGGCCUGGAGCCUGGGGCUGCCAGGUGUUCCAUAAGCAAAGGGGACUCCCGCCUGCCUCAACCCAGUGCCACCUCGCCUACUGGCCUGUUUCUGCAACACAGUGGCUCCUGUUGCUAAGGUCUCUGUUGAUCCCAGGAGACUCUCGGGGCCCCGCCCACAAGGGCAGGUAGGACAAUUCAGUGGCUGGGGAGGUGGCCCAAACUCUCAGCUCCUUUCCUAUUUGGCGACACACUCUUUCUGACUUCCUUUCCUGGGAAAUGUACAUGCCAACCUCUGCACUUAUUCAGGGCGCAG